ACUUUGCGUACAAGCUUUUGGGGGUUUAGGGCUUAUUGAUGCAGAUCUUGGAAAUCUAAUUAGUUUAUUACUCGUAAAGAAUUGCACCACCUGAGGGCCGACGACGACGAUGUCUCUCCGGAAAUCAGCGUUUGGUUUGCUGAGAAGACUCCGUAAUCCUCAUCGAGCAGUCACUGCCAUUGCUUGGAGUAGACCAACCUACAACGCUCUGAUCCAAACUGUGUUGCUUCCGGGCAAAAAGGAAUUUUCCUCUGACUAUGGUUUUGGACGUCAUACUUGGAAGAGCCAGUAUAGAGAUUGUGCCCUGUGGAUUUGCCUAUCCGGACAAGCUGUAAUUCUGUGCGUGAAUUCCAGCCCUGCCUUAGCAGAAGAUGUUUUGAUUGAACCAAGUUCUGAAAAAGAUCUGCAAGAAGCUAAUCUAUCUGGCUUGCGGAAAAUCGAAGAUGGAUCUGUGAUUUCCAAUAUACACACAUCGAAAUGGAGAGUUUUUACUGAUCAUGGAAGGGAUUUAUUUUUACAGGGAAAACUUGAGGAAGCGGAAAGGUUAUUUUUGUCUGCACUACAAGAAGCUAAAGAAGGGUUCGGUGAAAGGGAUCCGCAUGUGGCAUCGGCAUUCAACAAUCUGGCCGAGCUUUAUAGAGUUAAAAAGGUAUUUGAUAAAGCAGAACCAUUGUAUUUGGAGGCUGUGAAAAUACUAGAAGAAUCAUUUGGACCGGAAGAUAUACGGGUUGGAGCUUCCCUUCACAAUUUAGGACAAUUCUAUCUUGUGCAGCGGAAAUUGGUAAACGCUCACACGUGCUAUGAGCGUGCUUUAAAGAUAAAGAAGCGUGUGCUGGGACAUGACCAUACAGACUACGCAGACACUAUGUAUCAUCUUGGAAUAGUGCUUCAUCUCCAAGGGAAAGAGGACGACUCUGAGAGCCUUAUUCAGGAUUCUAUUAGGAUAAUGGAGGAAGGUGGUCGUGGGGAAUCCGGUAUAUGCCUCAGGAGAUUGAGGUAUCUUGCCCAGAUGUACAUAAAGUCCAACAAACUUGCAGAGGCUGAAAAUGUACAGAGAAAGGUUCUGCACAUUAUGGAAUUAUCAAAGGGAUGGAAUUCCUUGGACACAGUAAUUGCAGCUGAAGGCCUCGGUUUGACCCUUCAAUCUGUAGGGAACUUGACGGAAUCCAAAGAUCUUCUGGAAAGAUGUCUCGAGGCCCGAAAAACCAUUCUUCCGCAAGACCAUAUUCAGGUUGCUUCCAACAUGCUCUACAUUGCUCGGGUGGAAAUGCUCAAUUCCGACCGACUAAGGAUGAUGAAUAUGUCUGAAGCCAUUGCUGAGGUUGAUAAAGCAAAAGUUUGUUUAGUCCACUCCAUAAGGAUAGCUCAGAAGAUUUUGAAUAAAUCAGCGAAACAAGAAGACAGGCAGCGAUAUUCUGAAGUAUCUAGACGAACUGGGAAGGAUGAGCAAGCAGCUCGGGUGAUACUGUUGCAAUCACUUAAUGCUCUUGGAUUGUUGGAGAUCACCAAAAAAGGAAUACUGGAAUCAAAGGGGGAGCAUUCACCUGCUGAAGAGACUGAGGACUCUCUCCGACAUUUCAUUUCCGCUUUCAAUAUGUUUCGAACUGAGCGGUUGAAGAAGUCUUUUUCCUCCGAAUUAAGAUCAGAGUACCUCUCUUGUUUGAAGAACUUUUCGAGUCUGAUCAGCAAUAGCACAAGUGAUAGCAUGCAAAGAGGGUUAUUGAAAACGCUGGAAGAUGAAAUCAAGCGUGUCGAAGGUGAACUUUAAUGAAAAGGAAGGUGCAAAGGUUAACGUGGCAGCUUACAUAUGGUUCAACCGGACAGAGAAAGCAGUUGAGAUCUGGCACUACUAGCUUCAAGGAUACUGGCAAUUUUAGAUUGCAGUAAAGCGAAGGGGAAUUUUUCGCAUUCCCUGUUUCGUUUUUAUUCUGGUGAAUGUACUAUGUACCCAUUCAUGUAUUACUAGUAAAUAAGUCAAUAAAAGGGUUAUCCUAUAAAUUUGCAUGGAUAAAGACCAAAAAAGAAGAGUGUAGCCUAAAAAAUGAGUGCGAAAAUCACUACCCAAGAGUAAAUUAUCUUCCUUUUGUGAAGCUUUUGCCAACUUAUGAACUGGUAUAUUAUUGAUGGUAGAACUUGUUG